UGACUUAUCGAUACUUUUGGAAAUGUCAAAAGCCGGGCCACGCGAGGUAGCCAGCUAGACUUCCGUUUUCCAAUCGUUCUUUCGUUCUCAGACCGUCUUCGAAACAAGAAGGAAAAUGAGAGCUAAGUGGCGUAAGAAGCGUAUGCGUAGGUUGAAGCGUAAGCGCAGGAAGAUGCGUGCAAGGUCCAAGUAAACCAAAUUCGACAUCGCCCAAUUAUGACUGGAACUUCUGACGUACAAAAAGAAUGAAAAACCGAUUGGGCAACAACAAAAUAAACGCCCAAAGUAAUUUUGCAAAAAAUACAAGAUUCUCUCACCAGAAAAAUGUGCUUUUUAGAGAUUCAUUUUGAAAUUUCAAGUUGAAACUUUUCAAUAAAUUACUGGUUAUACAAAAGUUCCACAGAAAAUUUGUUGUGUAUAAAUUUGUAAUUUUUGUUUUCAUAUACGGAAAGUAAGCUGACCCAAAAACAGCAAAAAAAAACAACGGGAAGAUUCGACGCGUGCUUUUUUCAACAUAACCAAAUUCCUAUGAUUGGGCUGCGCGUGAACGUGAACUCUGCAGAGUUGUCGCGCUCUGUAAUAUACAGGUGUAUAACGAACUGAUUAUCUGAACAAUUGUGCGUUUGCCACGUGAAUAUAUGCAAUAUUCAAUUUUGAAGCGAGAAAACAUCAGUGAAGUAUCAAAGACAGGGUUGUCUCAUGCUGGUGCCCGAUGUGCCAAUUGGUGUGAGUCCAAUCAGAAACUUGUAUUCAGAGCUGGCACGCUCUGUGAAGCUGCAGAAUUGUGUUGGUCACGUGGAUCUGCUGGAUAUAUUCUAUAUAUAUUUGCAAACGUGUUGUCGGCGCCAAAACUUUGCAGCGAGCUAACAUCCAAUGACUAACACGAACUCGCCAACAGUUCAGAUCCUGCAAGCAGUCGGCGGCGGAGUAUCGGGAGCCGUAACUCGUUUCAUCACGCAGCCCUUUGAUGUGCUCAAAAUCCGAUUUCAGUUGCAGGUGGAACCGUUAAAAUCCAAGCAAGUCAAGGCAUCCAAAUAUGUGGGUAUGUUGCAGGCAUUUAAUAAGAUCUAUCGCGAGGAGGGAGUCCGUGGCAUUUGGAAGGGCCAUCUGGCCGGACAGAUGAUGAGCGUCACGUAUGCCGUUAUACAAUUUUGGUCCUAUGAGCAACUGCGUCAUGCGGCACAUCAAACGCCCUUCUUCAGUGAACACAUGAAUUUGAGUUAUUUUCUAUGCGGUGGAAUUGCCGGUUGCAUGGGAACAAUUGCGGCUCAACCUUUUGAUGUGGUGCGAACGCGUGUUGUGGCCGCCGAUCCCGACAGUGGGACGAGUAAAUUGCGACCCGUUUCGGGUGCUGUUAAAGUCUUUCGGAACGAGGGAUUUCGUGGCAUCUCGAGCGGAUUGAUGUUGACUUUAUUGCAAAUCUAUCCGCUGGUUGGUGCCAAUUUUCUCUUCUACAAAAUCUUCAAUCAAAUGAUCGUCCGCAUGGGGGAAUACAUCACGAAUGUGCCGAAUCCAAAGCAUACAAUUCCAGGACCAUUAUUGUUCGUCAGCGGCGGUUUGUCGGGUGUCCUCGCCAAAAUGAUCAUUUAUCCAGCCGAUGUGGUGAAGAAGCGUUCCAUGCUCCAUCAUUUUGAGGGUGAUCGCAAAUCAUUUGGCAUGAAUCCCCAAUGCCGCAGUGUGAGGCAGUGCAUCGUGAAUACGUUGAAGCACGAGGGAUUCGCCGGUUUCUACAAGGGCAUGUUGCCCACUCUCUACAAGUCGGGUGUCAUGUCCGCCUGCUAUUUUACCAUUUAUGACUAUUACAAUCACUAUGUCACCCAUUCCUAUCAACGUUACGAAAGAUCCUUGGAGGAGGAGCAGAAGAAGCACAGUCGCAAGCCAAAGAAAACAAGCAAUUGGUAACAUUUUAGAUUCAUCUUCUUUUCCUCCUACCCUUUUUUUUUUAUUAAAUAAUUAUCUUGGAAUUGAUUUUAA